AAAUUUUCUGAAAAGGCAAGAAAAGAUCAAACAGAGUCGGUUUUUGCAGGACUUUUGUUGCGUUUAGAUUGUGUGAAUAGCUUUUUGAUUCAGCAGUUUUUUUUAAGAAGGGACUUUAUUUGUUAUUAUUGUUGAGCUAUGUCGACUAGUUCUUUUCUACACCUCGGCAAGCCUGCGAGUGCGGUCAUGCAGCACGGCAGCGCGCCUUUGAACGUCAUUGUUCAUCCCCAGUGCUUGUUUUCGAUUUUGGAUCAUACGCUGCGCAGGAAUGAGGACCAGGAGCGCGUUAUCGGUACCCUCUUGGGAACGCGGUCGGAUGAUGGGACGGAGAUUGAGAUUAAGAGCUCGUUUGCUGUGCCUCAUAUAGAGUCUGCUGCUCAGGUUGAAAUCGAUAUGGAGUAUCACAAGACUAUGUACAAUCUGCACCACAAAGCGAACCCGAAGGAAGUCCUUGUUGGCUGGUACGCGACAUCACUAGAGCUCAACGCCUUCAGCGCGCUGAUCCAGAACUUUUACUCGUCCGUCUCGGACGGCACAUACCCUUAUCCCGCCGUGCAUCUGACGAUGCAGGCCGAUCCCCGGUCAGAGAUCUCGGUGAGAACGUAUAUCUCUGCGAACGUGGGCGUGCUGCCGGAUAAGAUCUCUGAGAGCUGUUUGUUUGUGCCUGUGCCCCACGAGCUGCGAUAUGCGGAGGCGGAGCGUAGUGGCUUGGAAUUGGUCGCUAGCGCGAAGAACGUAGAGACGCGCGACACAUCGAUUGUGAACGACAUCAGCAACCUGGAGCGCUCGGUGGAGCAAGUGCUGGAGAUGAUUGAUCGCGUGUCGACGUACGUGUCGUCGGUGAUUGAAGGCGGCAACCCCGGCUCUGUUGCGAUCGGCAAGUUUUUAUUGCAGAACCUGAGUCUGGCGCCGAAGGUUGACGCCGAGGAGCUCGAGAAGCUGUUCAACAGCCAUCUGCAGGAUGUGCUGCUGGUGGUGUAUCUGAGCAACACGGUGAAGACACAGAUGGAGUUGUUUAACUCGCUGAAGCGGACGGCUGUUCUUUCGGGAUAAGCUGAGCGUGUGUGUUUUGAUUUGUUUGAUUUGCUUUGUGUUAUAAGUAAAUAGCUUCCAAAAGAGUUUUGUUAAAGAGUAGAGAUGUAGAAGAGGGUCCAUGCCCUGACUGCCCCGCAGACCCCUGUCGCUGAACGAGCAGCUACCGUCAGCGGGAGUAGUCACAGCACAUGAUUAUAAUAGAUAUCACACUCUGUAUACUCUAUUGAGAGUGUUAAUGACGAAAUAGCUCAGGAAAGAGCCGUGAAGAGAGCCGUUAAUAGCAGAGGCGAGCCAACACGGCACCAGGUUAGGGUUCUAUGAUAGAAUUUUAAGAAUUAAG